AUGAGGCUAUGGAAAAGGGCCACGGGAGCUCUCAAAGACAAAUGCAGCAUUUGGGUCGCGAAGCUUUCACCAAGUGGCCCAUGCAGGAACCCUGAUCUUGAAACCGUGAUCAUCAAGGCCACUAGCCAUGAUGAACAAUGCAUGGAUUACAAGAACGUUCAAAGGGUUUUCCAAUGGUUACAUACCUCACCAUUGUACCCUAAACCUCUUCUCUGUACUCUUUCCCUGAGAAUGGAAAAGACUCGUUCAUGGGUUGUGGCCCUCAAAGGGUUAAUGCUCAUUCACGGGGUGUUUUGUUUCGACCUUCCUUCCGUUCAAAAAUUGGGAAGGUUGCCAUUUGAUUUGUCACACUUCAGCGAUGGACACAUAAACCCUCGUAAGGCAUGGGCUUUCAACGCCUUUGUGCGUUCCUAUUUUGCAUACUUGGACCAAAAGUCAGCGUUUGUGAGGUUAGAAGCAACAAAACAAAACAAGCGUGGGAAUAAGGAGAUCGAGGAGACAGUGAUGGAAGAGUUGCAAAGCUUGGAGAAGUUGCAAUGUUUGAUUGAUUUGCUUCUACAAAUCAAGCCUCGGAACCAGAACAUGAAUGCGGUUCUCAUUCUUGAGGCCAUGGAUUGUGUCAUAGACGAAGUUUUGGAAGUGUAUGGGAGAUUUUGCAAAAGGGUUCAUCAAGUGUUCUUGAGGGUACUGGAUAUAGGUGGGAAAGAGGAAGCUAAGGUUGGUCUUGAUGUUGCAAGAAAAGCUGAAUCGCAAGGUGUUAAACUUGCUUUGUACUUUGAGUUUUGUAGAGACAUUGGGGCCCUUAAUGUUUCUGAGUGCCCCGAAAUUUUGAGGAUCGAUGAGAAACACAUUCUUGACCUACAGAGAAUGAUGGAUGGUUGUGUCUCAAAGAGGAAAAGCUUAAAGGGUAUUAAUUAUAAUGAUUAUAUUAAUAGUAUGAAUAAUGGUGUUGUGGCAAAUGAGGAUAAUAAUGUCAUUUGGGUGAGAGAUUGUAGUUCCAUUGCCACUAUUUCGGAGAUGAAGCAAUUAGAUCGAAAAGGUUUGAAGACCGUAAUCACUGAGCAAUGGGAGGUAUUUGAUGAUGAUUUAGCACUUGAUUUUAAAGAGAGUACCUACAUUUGUACAAGCGCGCCUAUGGCCAUAGCUACUAAUAAUCCUUUUGUGGAUUCUUUUAGCCUCGUACCUUAUAUUCCAGUUUACAAUAAUCAUGUUGUUCUUCCAGAUUUAAUUAGUUUCUAG